AUGGUCAUUCUGCAGCAGACAGAUGUAGUCAGGAUGUACAAGCGGCGGGAUUACGUAGAGCUGUACGAGAAAGAGCAGGCCAAGUGGGCGCUGCUGCGCAACGUCAGCUCCGUGUUCAAGCACAGCACCCUGCUGCCGGGGGACUAUGUCUGGCUGGACCUCAAGACCGGCCGGGAGUUCGGGGUCCCCAUUGGUGCUGUGGUCAAGCUGUGCGACUCGGGGCAGAUCCAGGUCCUGGACGAUGAGGGGAAUGAGCACUGGAUCUCCCCCCAGAAUGCCACCAACAUCAAGCCCAUGCAUCCUACGUCCAUCCAUGGUGUGGAAGACAUGAUCCGGCUGGGCGACCUGAACGAGGCCGGGAUCCUGCGCAACCUGCUCAUCCGCUACCGAGAGCAUCUUAUCUAUACCUACACAGGCUCCAUCCUGGUGGCAGUGAACCCGUACCAGCUGUUGCCUAUUUACACGGCAGAUCAGAUCCGCCUUUACACCAACAAGAAGAUUGGCGAGAUGCCUCCACACAUCUUCGCCAUCGCUGACAACUGCUACUUCAACAUGCAGCGCAACAACAAGGACCAGUGCUGCAUCAUCAGCGGGGAGUCUGGAGCCGGCAAGACCGAGAGCACUAAGCUCAUCCUGCAGUUCCUGGCGGCCAUCAGCGGGCAGCACUCAUGGAUCGAGCAGCAGGUCCUGGAGGCCAACCCAAUCCUGGAAGCUUUCGGCAACGCAAAGACCAUCCGCAACGACAACUCCAGCCGCUUCGGCAAAUACAUCGACAUCCACUUCAACAAGAGAGGCGCCAUCGAGGGAGCCAAGAUUGAGCAGUACCUUCUGGAGAAAUCCCGAGUGUGCAGACAGGCACACGAUGAGAGGAACUACCACAUCUUUUACUGCAUGCUGAAGGGCAUGUCUUCAGAGCAGAAGAAGAAGCUGGGACUGGGAAAAGCGACGGACUACACCUACCUAACCAUGGGCAACUGCACGAUGUGCGACGGCCGAGAUGACAUGAAGGAGUACUCCAACAUCCGCUCGGCUAUGAAGGUGCUGAUGUUCACUGACACGGAGAACUGGGAGAUCUCCAAGCUGCUGGCCGCCAUCCUGCACCUGGGCAACCUGCGCUACGAAGCUCGGACCUACGACAACCUGGACGCUUGCGAAGUGGUUCGAUGCCCUGACCUCGCCAUCGCAGCGAUGCUGCUGGAGGUGGACCCCAAGGACCUGACCAACUGCCUCACCAGCCGCACCAUCAUCACCCGUGGAGAGACGGUGUCCACCCCACUGAGCGUGGAGCAGGCGCUGGACGUGCGAGAUGCCUUCGUCAAGGGAAUCUACGGGAGGCUCUUUGUGUGGAUUGUGGACAAGAUCAACGCUGCCAUCUACAAGCCUCCGUCCACGGAGCCCAAGGCUGUGCGUCGCUCCAUUGGCCUGCUGGACAUCUUUGGCUUCGAGAACUUCACCUUCAACAGCUUCGAGCAGCUCUGUAUCAACUUUGCCAACGAGAACCUGCAGCAGUUCUUUGUGCGACACGUCUUCAAGCUGGAGCAGGAGGAGUACAACCUGGAGAACAUCAACUGGCAGCACAUCGAGUUCACGGACAACCAGGACGCCCUCGACAUGAUAGCCAUUAAGCCCAUGAACAUCAUCUCCCUCAUCGACGAGGAGAGCAAGUUUCCCAAGGGCACUGACACCACGAUGCUGAACAAGCUCAACUCGCAGCACAAGCUCAACACCAACUACAUUCCUCCCAAGAACAGCUACGAAACGCAGUUUGGGAUCCAGCACUUCGCCGGCGUCGUCUACUACGAAACGAGGGGCUUCCUGGAGAAGAAUCGCGACACCCUGCAUGGAGACAUCAUCCAGCUGGUGCACUCCUCCAAGAACAAGUUCAUCAAGCAGAUCUUCCAGGCCGACGUUGCCAUGGGUGCGGAGACCAGGAAGCGCUCGCCGACGCUCAGCAGCCAGUUCAAGCGCUCGCUGGAACUCCUCAUGCGCACGCUCAGCGUUUGCCAGCCCUUCUUCGUUCGCUGCAUCAAGCCCAACGAGUACAAGAAGCCCAUGCUCUUUGACCGCGAGCUCUGCGUCCGGCAGCUGCGCUACUCCGGCAUGAUGGAGACCAUCCGCAUCCGCCGGGCCGGGUACCCCAUCCGCUACACGUUCGUCGAGUUCGUGGACCGCUACCGCGUGCUCAUGCCUGGCGUGAAGCCCGCAUACAAGCAGGAGGACCUGCGGGGCACGUGCCAGCGCAUCGCAGAAGCCGUCCUGGGGAGGGACGAUGACUGGCAGAUGGGCAAGACCAAGAUCUUCCUCAAGGACCACCAUGACAUGCUGCUGGAGAUCGAGCGAGACAAGGCCAUCACAGACAAGGUCAUCCUCAUCCAGAAGGUGGUGCGAGGGUUCAAGGACAGAUCCAACUUCCUGAGAAUGAGGAAGUCGGCCAUGCUGGUCCAAAAGACGUGGAGGGGUUAUUACUGCCGAAAGAACUAUAGUGCGAUGCGGGCCGGGUUCUCGCGCCUGCAGGCUCUGUACCGCUCGCGGAAGCUCUACACGAUGUACCACGUGGCGCGGCAGCGCGUCAUGCUCUUGCAGGCCCGCUGCCGUGGCUUCUUGGUAAGACGGGCCUUCCGGCACCGACUGUGGGCCGUCAUCACCAUCCAGGCCUACACGCGUGGCAUGAUCUCCCGGAGGCUCUACAAGCGGCUCAAGGGCGAGUAUCGGCGCCGCCUGGAGGCUGAGAAGAUGCGUUUGGCGGAAGAGGAGCGCCUCCGCAACCAGAUGAGUGCCAAGAAGGCCAAGGAGGAGGCAGAGCGCAAGCACCAGGAACGGCUGGCCCAGCUGGCCCGCGAGGAUGCCGAACGCCAGAAGCGGGAGCGCGAGGAGGCGCGCCGCAAGAAGGAGCUCGUCGAGCAGAUGGAGAAGGCGCGUCUGGAGCCCGUCAAUGACUCCGACAUGGUGGACAAGAUGUUUGGCUUCCUGGGGACAACAAGCUCGUUGCCCGGGCAGGAGGGCCAGGCACCGGCCGGCUUCGAGGACCUGGAGCGCACUCAGAAGGAGCUCGAGGAGGAGGACCUGGACGAGGCCCUGCCGCUGCCCGAGGAAGAGGACGAGGACCUGUCCGAGUACAAGUUCGCCAAGUUUGCCGCCACCUACUUCCAGGGUACGAGCACACACAGCUAUGUGCGACGCCCCCUCAAGCAGCCGCUGCUCUUCCACGAGGACGAGGGAGAUCAGCUGGCAGCUCUUGCCGUCUGGAUCACGGUGCUCCGAUUCAUGGGUGACCUGCCAGAACCCAAGUACCACACGGCCAUCAGUGAUGGCAGCGAGAAGAUCCCUGUCAUGACCAAGAUCUACGAGACACUUGGCAAGAGGACCUACAAGCGGGAGCUGCAGGCUCUGCAGGGAGACAGCGAGAGCGCUCAUGGCGACGGUCACAAGAAGAGCAGCGUUCGACACAAGCUGGUCUCCCUCACCCUUAAGAAGAAGUCAAAGAUUACGGAGGAGGUGACCAAGCGUCUGAACGACGGCGAAUACAACACCCACGGCAACAGCAUGCUGGAGGACCGUCCCACGUCCAACCUGGAGAAGCUGCACUUCAUCAUUGGCAACGGCAUCCUGCGUCCCGCCCUCAGAGACGAGAUCUACUGUCAGAUCUGCAAGCAGCUGAGCCAGAACCCGUCCAAAAGCAGCCACGCCCGCGGCUGGAUCCUCAUCUCGCUGUGUGUGGGCUGCUUCGCACCUUCCGACAAGUUUGUCAAAUAUCUGAGGAACUUCAUCAGCGGCGGCCCACCUGGGUAUGCCCCCUACUGCGAGGAGAGGUUGCGACGCACCUUCGUCAACGGCACGCGCACCCAGCCGCCCUCCUGGCUCGAGCUUCAGGCAACCAAGUCCAAGAAGCCCAUCAUGCUGCCGGUGACCUUCAUGGACGGCACGACAAAGACGCUGCUCACGGACUCGGCCACGACGGCCAGAGAGCUGUGCAACGCGCUGGCUGACAAGAUCGGCUUGAGGGAUCGCUUUGGCUUCUCGCUCUACAUCGCCCUCUUCGACAAGGUGUCUUCGCUGGGAAGCGGCAACGACCACGUCAUGGAUGCCGUGUCUCAGUGCGAGCAGUACGCCAAGGAGCAGGGUGCCCAGGAGCGCAACGCCCCCUGGAGGCUGUUCUUCCGCAAGGAGAUCUUCACGCCCUGGCACAGUCCUGCCGAGGACAGCGUGGCCACCAACCUCAUCUACCAGCAGAUCGUUCGCGGCGUCAAGUUUGGCGAGUACCGUUGCGACCGGGAGGAGGACCUGGCCGAGCUCGCCUCCCAGCAGUACUACGUGGAUUACGGCUCCGAGAUCCUGCUGGAGCGUCUGCUCAGUCUCAUCCCCUCCUACAUCCCGGACAGAGAGAUCACCUCCACCCGCACCGUGGAGAAGUGGGCCCAGUUCAUCAUGGCUGCACACAAAAAGGGAAUCUAUGCGCAGAAGAGGAUGGAGCCCCAGAAAGUCAAGGAGGAAGUGGUAGAUUUUGCACGAUACAAGUGGCCUUUGCUCUUUUCCAGAUUCUACGAGGCCUUUAAAUUUUCAGGUCCUAGCCUGCCGAAGAACGAUGUCAUCGUGGCGGUGAACUGGACAGGCGUGUACUUUGUGGACGAACAGGAGCAAGUUCUUCUGGAGCUGUCCUUCCCGGAGAUCACGGCCGUCUCCAGCAGCAGAGGCGGCAAACUGCAGGGCCAGAGCUUCACCUUGGCCACCAUCAAGGGCGAUGAAUACACCUUCACGUCCAACAAUGCCGAGGACAUACGGGACCUGGUGGUCACAUUUCUCGAAGGGCUGAGGAAGAGGUCAAAGUACGUCGUGGCCCUGCAGGACAACCCCAGUCCUGCCGGCGACGACUCCACAUUCCUCAGCUUCCUGAAGGGUGAUCUGAUCAUUCUGGACCAGGACACUGGCGAGCAGGUGAUGAACUCCGGCUGGGCGCACGGCAUCAAUGACAGGACCAAGCAGAAGGGUGACUUCCCAGCAGACUGCGUCUACGUGCUGCCCACCGUGACGAGGCCGCAGCACGACAUCGUGGCCUUGGUCACAAUGACGCCAGACCAGCGCCAGGAGUCCAUCCGGCUCUCCCAGGUGGUGAUGGCACAGAGCGAGGAGCAGGUCAAGCCCUACACCCUGGAGGAGUUCUCCUAUGACUAUUUUAGACCCCCGCCUAAGCACACAUUGAGCCGCGUCAUGAUCACCAAGAACCGGGGCAAGGACAAGUUGUGGAGCUGCACUAGGGAGCCCAUCAAGCAGCCGCUGCUCAAGAAGGUGUUGAAUCACGAGGAGCUCUCCCAGGAGGCCUGCAUGGCUUUCAUCGCUAUAAUGAAGUACAUGGGCGACUACCCAUCCAAGAGGACCCGCUCCGUCAAUGAGCUCACCGACCACAUAUUUGAAGGGGCCUUGAAGGCAGAGCCACUCAAGGAUGAGAUCUACUGCCAAAUUCUCAAGCAGCUCACGGACAACCACGUCAAGUACAGCGAGGAGAAAGGCUGGGAGCUGCUCUGGCUGUGCACGGGUCUCUUCCCCCCAAGCAACCUGCUACUGCCCCACAUCCAGAGAUUCCUGCAGGCCAAGAAGCACCAUCCGCUGGCCGCAGACUGCAUGCAACGCCUGCAGAAAGCCCUGCGGAACGGAUCCAGGAAGUACCCUCCUCAUCUGGUAGAGGUGGAGGCCAUCCAACACAAGACAACUCAGAUCUUCCACAAAGUCUACUUCCCUGACGACACAGAUGAGGCUUUCGAAGUGGAGUCCAGCACAAAGGCCAAGGACUUCUGCUUGAACAUCUCGGAAAGGCUCCUGCUCAAGUCUCCCGAGGGCUUCAGUUUGUUUGUUAAGAUCUCCGACAAGGUGAUCAGUGUCCCAGAGGGAGAUUUCUUCUUUGACUUCGUCAGGCACCUCACCGACUGGAUCAAGAAAGCCAGGCCGGUGAAGGACGGUGCAGUGCCUUCACUGACCUACCAGGUGUUCUUCAUGAAGAAACUGUGGACCAGCACGGUCCCAGGGAAGGACUCCUUUGCAGACUCCAUCUUCCACUACUACCAGGAGCUGCCCAAGUACUUGCGUGGUUACCACAAGUGCUCUCGAGAGGAGGUCUUCCAGCUGGCGGCACUCAUCUACCGCGUCAAGUUUGAGGAUGACAAGUCGCACUUUCCCAACAUCCCCAAGAUGCUGAAAGAGCUGGUGCCUCAGGACCUGAUCCGGCAGAUGUCGCCCGACGACUGGAAACGGUCCGUGGUGGCAUACUUCAACAAGCAUGCUGGGAAGUCCCGGGAGGAGGCCAAGCUCAUGUUCCUCAAAAUCAUUUUCAAGUGGGCCACGUUUGGAUCGGCCUUUUUCGAGGUCAAGCAAACCACAGAGCCGAACUUCCCCGAGAUCCUUCUGAUAGCGAUUAACAAGCACGGCGUGAGUCUCAUUGACCCCAAGACGAAGGAUAUCCUCAUCACACACCCCUUCACAAAAAUCUCCAACUGGAGCAGCGGAAACACCUACUUCCACAUCACCAUUGGAAACCUGGUGCGGGGCAGCAAGCUGCUGUGCGAGACGUCUCUGGGCUACAAGAUGGAUGACCUCUUGACCUCGUACAUCAGCCAGAUGCUGACCACCAUGAGCAAACAGCGCAGUUCCCGUGGCAACAGCAAGUGAACUGACUAUUGGCUGCAGGCGACCGAGCUCCUGCGGCUGCUCCGCCCCUUGGGCCACCCGUGCAGCUGGAACCACGCCUUCUCCACCCGUGUGUGGAGGAUGAGCCGAAGCCCCUCCCCCAGCUCCGCCGGGUCCGGCGCGGAAGAGACCGCUCCCUCAUCUCCGUCCAGCGAGGACGACUACCUCUGAGCCUCUCUCUCUCUCGUUCUCUUCUUCUCGCUUGUUCCCUUCUGACUGCCACGUGAGCAGCCGAUUGCGGUCUUUCUGGGGUCAGUGCAAGUUUGUGUUCGUCACCCCCGGCACCGCAGCCAUCCCCGUCUCUCUCUCUCUCACACUCUCACACACUCACACACACACACACACACACGAGCACACGGACCCCGAAGCUCAUCACCUCAGAAAAUUUGCAGAAGCGCGAGACGCAAGGGAACCCGGCACUGCGCACCAGUACAGCGACUCCCCCGUGGACUGUGAGCAACGCAUGGCACACGGUCACCGAGUGGCGCGGUGCACCGUGUCAUCAACCAGUGCCCCAAAUUCCGCACUACUCAAUUAAUGGACACAUCCGGUUUUUUGACUCUCUAAUUAGACACCGGAGCUUAACCCCACCUUGUGAAAUACUCCGAAAGCUUUGAAAUGUUUCCAGCAGUAGCUUGGACUUAACGGCUGGAUUUCAUGCUUGCAUGUUGUGAUUUUGUUUUGAAAGCCUUAAUGUACACAAGGGCACGACCUUGUGUUCAUGAGUUGGUCUUUUACAGCGCCUGACUCUUUGGAGCUCUGUGCUGUAAUUGCUCUGGACGACAGUCUUGGUCUAAAUGUGUUCCAGCUGAGCAGGCGAGUCGGGGUGACGCGCAGCGCAGCCUCAUCGAGACGCCUGGAGCGAUGUAGGCUCUGUAAAAGGGCGCUGUGUUCUGUCCGCAAGAGAGGCUUUUGAGUGUGGCUUCGGUCCCUGCUAGUUCCUGUACCCGUACCUGUACCUGUACAAGGUCUUUCGACGGCUCUCACAGUUGUCCCGUGUAGCCUGAUGCCGAAUUGAAUAUUUCGACCCCAGAAAAGGUCACUUGUUGGCCUUUGUCGCAAGUGAACAAGCCACACUGAGGUUCCUUAAGGGGUCGUCGCUUAUGCUUCUCCAGCACGUUUCUUUCAACAGUUCAAGGAAAAAAGGAGGCAAAACAUUCAGAAGCGCUUCCCUGGCGAUCCCAGUUCUUGCGGCGUUUCUGUAAAUUCAUGCUGCUGCAGUCGCCAAAGUGCGUACAGGAAAUAUCGGACGUGAUGUCCACGGAACACGGAUCAAAACUGCGGCCCAGGAGCUCUCUGCCGUUCCGUAGGCGUAAGACAUUUUUCAGAAACUGCUCAUGUAGAAAUGAGAUUUGCGAGCUGCAUUCCCUGCGUUUCGUACUUCUACGCACCGUCCUUCACUGUGAGGAGUUCACAAGGUGAACAUAUUGGAUCCUUCACAGAUGUAGCAAUGACAGCUUCACCUCUUGUUUAAUGUCUCCAUGUGAGUUUGUGUGUCAAGCAUAUUGCUGAUGCUGAAUGCACUCAACACAUUUUGUAUUUGAAGUGUUUGUGCAGAAGGUGUGUGUGUAAGUCCCUCUAUCACCAGUUUUAACAAGGAAGCAGAUUUCUAAAAAUGAAUAUGUAUAAAUGUCUUUGAACUGCACCUCAGACCUCUUAUUCAAGGAA